AUGUCGUCCGCGCAUCGCCCCACAUGGGAACCGGCCAAAGCAAAGUCGGAUUUGUCGCACAUGUCUCAAGCUUUCUCCAAGCAUGCACUACCAGCUCACACCAAGCUCAAGUUCCGUCGUCCUGGAGAUACACAGAAGCGCUCACUCGACGAGAUGAAGGCGGAGCUAGCUGUAGGAGAACAGCGCGCCUACGCUGAGCGCCAUCCUGGCCAAGAAUUCGAGGCAGAAAAGGAUGAAAAGCGCGUGAGAUUGACUCAAGAAUCUACAGAGGACCCCGCGCCGGCAAUUGCCCCGUCUGGCCUCGACGAUGACGACGAUGUUGUCAGUGAUGAGGAGGAUGAAGUUGACGACGACGACGAAGACACAGAUGCUCUCAUGCGUGAGCUUGAGAAAAUUAAACAGGAGCGCCACGAAGAACAAGAGCGUCGCAAGCAAGCAGAGACGGCUAAGGAGCAGCUCUCUCGCGAAGAGGAAAUCGCGCGGGGCAACCCGCUGCUGAACUUGGAGCAUGCGCUGCACGGCGAUGUGAAGCCUCAGGCCGCCUCUCUCCCCGUGCAGCAGCGUUGGGACGAUGAUCUAAUUUUCCGGAACCAGGCAGCCCAUGCCGAAAACAACUUGAGUCAGCGGGGCUUUGUCAACGAUCUCACCCCGUUAUAUUAA